UGAAAGUGUACUUGUCCUUUACAGAGAGUGAAGAUGACAUCUUAAACGAAUCACAAGCCCCAGGCAGCCAGCAAGCUCAAUGUGCUGUGCAGUCAUUUCAGUCGGCACACCAGCCUAGGGCACCAUUUCUGCAGCCACGUCAUGAAAGUAAGUUUCCUUGCUGGCACCCUCGGCAGUCGGCUUGCUAAGUAAUGUUUUGGCAUAUAUGCAUAUCAUUUUCCUAAUUUAUUCCACUGCAUUUGCUCAAGGCCCAUUACAGUGGUCCAUCUCCAGUACCCAAGGAGGCUGGCGGAGAGCACCGGCUGCACAGUCUCGUUCAGACUCUCCAAUUUGGAUGGCACCAAGCUCCCAAGGAAACCUUCCAGGAAUACCAUUCCCAGAGUUGCAUUUAGACUCUCCACGAUGGAUUGCACAACAUUCACAAGAAAGUUGUCUAGGAGUGCAAGCACCAGCUGCACAGACAUAUUCUGGAAUUGGACAUGCAGAAUUCGCCACGCAGUGUUGUCACCUAGAACUGCCACGGUGGCCUGCUUCUAGUUCUCAAGGCAACCACUGUCCAGCGUUAGUGUCACAGUUGCAUCACAAAGCUGUAAACAACCACGCUUUCUUUGGAGGAGCUACUCUUCUUUGCUAG